GCAAGAACAAACUGUGGAUAACAUUUACUGUAGUUUCGCUCUUAGUUUUAAGAGCAUAAGUGGUUUCAAAAUAAUAUCCUUUAAUUACUCGAUACAAUCAUGAGCAAACGUCUUCUAUCCGUAGUUGUGUUUUCACUUCUCUUUUUCUACUGUAAUGGUUGUGGCGGUGGAGGUAGUAGUAGUCCAGAUCCUAGACAUGGAAACUGGGGAGCAUGGUAUCCGCAAGUCGACUUUAAUGGCUGCAAUUGCCGUGGAAUAGUCACGCAACACAGAAAUUGUGACAACCCGUCACCUGCUCAUGGUGGUAGGGCAUGUGAUGGGGCUAACUACCGAGACCACGACUGCAAUGAAUGCAGCUGCAAUAAGGGGGGUUGCCAACAUCAAUGCAGAAAUAUUUAUGGCAGCUAUGAAUGCUCUUGUGAUAAUGAAUAUAGAAAAGACGGACACAACUGUGUAGAGAUAACUUGCAGGACCAGUGACUGGCCGGCCCCAGAAAAUGGCGCCAAAACAGACUCAUCAUGUAAUAAUGGCUAUGUAGUAUCUGUUGGGACGACUUGCCAGUCAAAUUGCAAACCAGGUUACACUUUAGAAGGCUCAAGUAGAGCAACAUGUAGGUCUGAUGGGAACUGGAUACCAAGUAAUCCACCAAUAUGCAGAGUUGUAACAUGCAGUAGCAUAUCCGUACCAGUCCACGGGUCGGUUACGCCAGCAGAAUGUACAGCCAACCCAACAGAGGGCACGGUAUGUACUUUGGCAUGCAAAAAUGGCUACUCUUUGGUACAAUACUCAGGAUCUGAAUACCAAACACGCUGCUCGGCUGGAAGAUGGACGAAUCCAACUAAUUUCUAUUGUAGAGACCUCAUGAAACCAGUUUUUUCAGCAUGUCCUGAAGGCAUUCAAGUCUAUGCUGACAAAAUGCAAACCAAAGCAACCGUUAGUUGGGAACCAGUUAACGCCAAAGAUAACGACGGUCAUGUACCGCAAAUGCAAGUGUAUCCGAGUUACGUUCCACCCAGCGCUACCUCUUAUGAAUUCCCAGAAGGAAGUUUUUACAUGACCUAUACGGCCAGAGACUCUAGUGGAAACACAGCAACUUGCAGCUUUAGGAUAACAGUCCAAGUUCGGCGCUGCCCUGCAGUUUCUCCUCCUACGAAUGGUAGAACCAUACCACCCAUAUGCUCCAAUCUCUAUGGCUCAAAGUGCAGCAUUGAGUGCAACGAGGGAUAUAAUCUGACUGGCAGUGCAUCAAGAGAAUGUGUCAGAGAAAAUGGUUCAAACGCGGUAAAAUGGACUGGGGCAGAUGUAACAUGCCAGAAGAUCACAUGCCCUAAGCUAAUUGAGCCCAAACACACAACAAUGGCUGGUGUUGGAUGUAUAUCAUCUAACCCUUCAUACAAAACCUACUGUACGUACAGCUGUAAAACUGGUUAUCAAGCCAAAUCUGGUUCCAAAAUAAGAACCUGCAAGUCUGACGGCAUGUGGAGUGGGGGUGAACUGGUUUGUCAAAUGGUGACUUGCCCUGCCUUGGCCUCAUUGACAGAGGGUCUGAAUAUUUCGAACCAAAGUUGCAUAUCUCAAACAUCUUCAUACCAAGAUGAGUGCCGGUAUACCUGUGGUAAGGGCUACAUACUCUUGGGCACAGUCAGCAAGACGUGUUCCAGCACUGGACAAUGGUCACCUUCUGGAAAUCCCUACUGUAGAGAUAUUUCUAUGCCAACGUUUAACUCUUGCCCAGCAAACGUCAGAGUCUUCGCUGAUAGAAAAAGCUGGUCAACUCAGGUGAACUGGACCAUUCCUACAGCAUCGGAUAACGCCCCUGGCAGCCCAACAAUUAGUCACCAUGGGCAACGGCCUGGCGAAUUAUUUUCUGCAGGACAUCACACUAUCAAGUACGUCGCCACUGAUAAAUCUGGGAACAGCGCGUCUUGCAUUUUUCAAGUCAGCGUCGAAGUUGUAACUUGCCCAGCACUACAGACGCCAUUGCGUGGAUACAUGCAAUGUUCAAACAAGAACAUCUUUGGUUCUGAAUGCCAGUUUGUAUGUAACCUUGGAUACACACUCAGAGGUUCACAGCAACGAACGUGUGAAAAGAACGCACUGUCACUGGGAUAUUGGACGGGAAACUCAACCUAUUGUGAAGCAAUUACAUGUCCCAACCUUGAUCACCCUGUGAAUGGAUUCAAAUCAGGAUGUUCGAGAAACACAUUCGGAGAAAAUUGUCUCUUCUACUGUAACAUUGGCUCGCGGGUUGUGAAUGGCUCUGCCAGCAGAACGUGUUUACAGAACGGGACGUGGUCAGGAACGUCAUUAAUCUGUGAAGGAAUCACUUGCCCAGCCCUAGCUGUACCUGCCAAAGGACGCAUCAUUCCCAAUGAAUGCUACAAUACGGUUGGAUACAGAGUUUCUUGUCAGUUUGUGUGUGAAAAUGGAUAUCAGUUGAUGGGAUCAAACAUCAGAACCUGUUUGGCAAAUGGUCAAUGGAAUGACCAAAGCAACGUCAGUUGCAGAGACAUCGAGACACCCAGAUUUACAACAUCCUGUCCAUACAACAUCGACGUUUUUGCGGAGGAAAACAAAGAUACAGCGCAGGUAAUCAUCCCACCAAUGAAUGCCACAGAUAAUUCAGGUGAAUUGCCAACCAUUAAAGUAGAAGGAACAAAGACAAACUACACUGCUGGAAGACACCUGAUAACAAUAACAGCAUCUGACGCAUCGGGCAACAAGGCGACUUGCAGAUUCUACGUCGAAGUAACAAUUCUCCGAUGCUAUUCUCACCCAUCGUACAUAACAAACGGGAGAGUUGUAGGCGUAUGCAAGAAUACCUAUGGUUCUACUUGCCAUUUUCAAUGCAAUGAUGGUUAUAAUAUCACUGGCUCUAGCUCUAGGACGUGUAAAGCCAUCCCAGGACAAAUCCAGGGAUAUUGGACCGGAACCAUGCCUUUUUGUUCAGUAAAUCGCUGUCCUCCCCUCCAACGUCCAGCAAAUGGUUACGUGUAUCCUCCAAUGUGUGUAGCCAGCAACGGACCAGUUAUUGAUACAACAUGUCUGUUUGGCUGUUAUAAUGGAUAUGUUCAAAGUGCUGGUACUCCAGUUAUAACAUGUGGUAAAAGUUCAAGAUGGGACAGAGAUGUAGCAACCAUUAUAAAAUGUCUGGAUAAAACCCCACCCGUUUUCACCAAAUCCUGCCCAUCUAAUAUUCGAAUCUCUUUGGGUCAUAACGGGACGGCUACUGCUAACUGGACUAUUCCAGUUGCUGAAGACAACUCGAACAUUCCUCCUACAGUAACGGUCACGCCUCCAGAUGCUGUACCACCAUAUUCUCUCAACAAGUCAAUAGUAAUAGAGUACAAAGCGACGGAUAAUGCAGGGAAUAUUGGGAAGUGCUCGUUCAAGAUCGUUGUUGAAGAUAACAUAGGGCCAAGAGUUGACUACUGCCCACCGAAUCAAACUAUUAGGGCCAAAGACAUGUCAGAAAAGGUUCACUGGACAUUACCGAUAUUCGUUGAUAACAGCAACGCAAAAAUCGUCCCGCAAUGCAAUCGGCAAUCAGGAACCGUAUUCUACUGGGGCGUGUGGACCAUUCACUGUAGAGGAUAUGACGACAACCCUGACAACCAGCCUGCUGUGUGUACAUUCAACAUCACUGUUGAACCAACACCAUGCCCAUCUCUGACUCCACCAAAAAAUGGAGCAAAGGCGUGUGAUACCUGGGCUUUUGGACGCUUCUGUACUCCGCAGUGUAACAGCAAGCAUGACUUUGCUGUUUCUAUCAGUAUUGGAAUGAUAUGGGUGUGUGGAUCAUCGGGAGUCUGGAAUCCACCUAAUGGAUUACCUGAUUGCUCAGAAACCUACGUGCCAAGAACUGCAAGAAAAGCAGCAAGCCUUCUGUACUACUUCGAAGGUGACUGUAACGACCCAGCCGUCCAAGAACAAGUAAAGAAAAAUUUCAUUCAAAUCCUCAAGCAAUCACUAUUCAAGCAAAUGUGUACAGAUGAUCAAAUGAAAGAGAGAUGUAACUUUACGAAUGUUGAAGUUGUGUGUGGAGUUACAUCGAGAGGAAGAAGAUCGAUAUGGGAAGAAUCUGUGGCUAUUACAUCGCGAAGAACUCGUAGAUCAGUACCUUCUAAACAGUUUAAAGUCAGCUUUGAAUUUUCUCUUUCAUUGGACAGCGGAGGUGCCUCAAACAAGACAUUUUCCGAAAUACAGUCGAGCUCAGCCAACGCCUCAAGCAAGAUGGCUGCCAUUGAGAAGGAGAUGAAACGAUCAUUGGAAAAUGGAAGCCUGGCACUGAACAUCAGUGGUCAGGUGGUCAGCGCUGUGAACGACUCUUUAGCUACCAGCCCCACGUCCUUUGUAUGUAACACUGGGCAAAUCUUCUUAAACCAGAAAUGUGUUGCUUGCCCUGUUGGAACAUAUCACAAUACAACUCUAGACCGAUGUAUUGACUGCAAUAAAGGAUGGUACCAAGAAACAGAGGGCCAGGAGUCUUGCAGUGCUUGUCCAGUCGGAAUGUCUACAGUGGGAUCAAAGGCAAAGAACAAGACUGACUGUAAAGCUUACUGUAAAAGAGGUCACUAUUCCCCAACUGGAUUGGAGCCUUGUGUUGCUUGUGAUAAGGGAUCUUAUCAGUCCAUGGAUGGUCAGCUAAAGUGUAAAACCUGUCCUGAUAACCAAACAACGCAUUCGGAAGGAGCAACAAGCUUAAACAACUGUUCAGCUUCCUGUAUGCCAGGUUCAUACUCACCAAAUGGUCUUGAACCGUGUAAAAAGUGCGACAAACGAUCGUAUCAAUCAAACAGCGAAUCAACAUCGUGUGUGAGUUGCUCCGGAACCAAAACAACCUUGAAAGAAGGAAGUAACAGCUCUUCAGCUUGUCAAGAAAUAAAUGAAUGCGAUUCCAACCCUUGUCAACAUGGAUCUACCUGCAUAGACUUAAUAGAAGACUUUGCCUGCCAAUGCCAAGAAGGAUACACUGGAAAGCAAUGCGAACAAGACAUCGAUGACUGUGCUGCUGUUCCUUGCGAAAACAAUGCUACAUGUCAUGAUCACUUAAAAACGUUUACAUGCACAUGCGCAGCUGGAUUUACUGGAUCUGUCUGUCAAACGGAGAUUGAUGAAUGUAUUAGUUCACCAUGCCUGAAUAAUGCGACUUGUCAUGAUUUGAUUGGUCGAUACAAAUGCAUUUGCCAGCCUGGAUAUGAAGGGGAUAGAUGUGAAAGGGAGAUAAACGAAUGUCAACCAAACCCAUGUCUAAAUGGAGGAACCUGUACUGACAAGUUAAAUGCAUUUUCAUGCCAGUGUCUUGCGGGUUUUACUGGAUCAAAGUGUGAAGAAAACAUUGAUGACUGCCCUCAGAAUCGCUGUGCUAAUGGUGCCACGUGUAACGAUCAGGUUAACAACUACACAUGCACGUGUCUGCCUGGUUACACAGGGUUUUACUGCGAUCAAGAAAUAAAUGAAUGCAGAUCAAACCCAUGCAAACACAACGGAACCUGCUAUAACACCAUUGGAAGCUUUACUUGUACUUGUCCUGUUGGAUAUAAUGGCAGUAUCUGCGAGACCGAGAUAGAUGAAUGCCAAUCCAGCCCUUGUCUUAAUGGUGCAACUUGUCGGGAUGCCGUAGGAUCGUUCUCUUGUAUCUGCUCACAAGGAUACCAUGGAGAUAACUGUGAAAAAGACAUCGAUGAAUGUGCGUUCCAGCCUUGCACUAAUAACGCUAACUGUACAAACACCGCUGGAUCUUUUACUUGCCAUUGUCAAAACGGUUUUACAGGUAAAACAUGUGACAAAGAUAUAGACGAGUGCUUGUCUAAACCUUGCUUGAAUAACGGUAGUUGCAUUAAUGAGAGAAAUGCGUUCAGUUGUCAAUGCCGAGAUGGUUUCACUGGAGCUCGAUGUGAAGUUAAUAUCGAUGAAUGUGUUGCAAAUCCUUGCAAAAAUAAUGGGACAUGCCAAGAUGGUAUCAAUGACUACAAGUGUACCUGCAACGCUGGAUUCACGGGAAGUGACUGCGAGAUAAAAAUCGAUUACUGCAGAUCUAAUCCGUGCGAAAACAAUGGAAAAUGCAUGAAUUUCCCUACGGAAUACAAGUGCCUUUGCUCUUCCGGCUACACCGGAAGAAACUGCAGUAUUAACAUAAACGAAUGCAUGUCUAAGCCAUGCCUACAUGGAACGUGCCAAGACCUUGUCAAUGGUUUUAGAUGCUCUUGCUUGCCCGGAUUUUCUGGUUUCCAAUGCCAAGAAAACAUAGAUGACUGUAAAGAUAAUCCUUGUCGCAAUAAUGCUACGUGUGUGGAUGGUGUGAACUCCUAUCAAUGCAUUUGUCAAGAAGGAUUUAAUGGAACACUCUGUGAAAUAGAAAUUAAUCCAUGCGAUUCGUUUCCAUGUUACAAUGGAGGAACUUGCAAAGACGAGGAUAAACAGUAUAUGUGCUCAUGUCCAUCUGGAUUCACUGGACGCAAUUGCGAAGUGAACAUUGACGAUUGUAAACCAACCAACCCAUGUCAAAACAAUGGAUCAUGCACUGAUCUCGUAUCCGACUACACCUGUACAUGCCCUGCAGGAUUUUAUGGACGGCAUUGCGAAAACAUCACUAACCACUGCAUAAACUCGAACUGCAGUCAAAAUAGCAAAUGUAUUAACUUGCCACUCGGUUUCAAAUGCAACUGCACUGAAGGUUACUAUGGACCAACCUGUGCAUUUAAAGUUAAGCCUUGUACCUCAAGUCCUUGUCUAAAUGGAGCAACGUGUACUAAUAAAGAUGAAGGAUAUAACUGUAGUUGCAGAGCUGGGUACACAGGAAACAGAUGUGAAGUCAACAUCGAUGAAUGCCAAAGUCACAUGUGCUUGAACAAUGCAACAUGUAUUGAUCAAGUAAAUGGAUACAUGUGUGUAUGCUGGGAUGGUUUCAAUGGCACGCACUGCGAGCAUCAACUUUACUCAUGCAACGAUCAGCCCUGUAUGAACGAUGGUACAUGCGUUAACGUUUUUGGUGGCUAUAAGUGUGAAUGUAGUGAAAGGUUUGGAGGUUUGAGAUGUGAGGCAGAUAAGAAUCCAUGCAAAACCAAUCCAUGCUGGAAUGCGGGAACAUGCAAAGAGUACAACAUUACAUCGUUUAGCUGCACGUGCGCGCCUGGUUUUGAAGGCCCCACAUGUGAUGUCAACAUCAAUGAAUGUGCUUCUUCUCCCUGUCCACUGCACGCAAACUGUAUUGACAAAGUCAAUGGAUAUGAAUGCAAAUGUCAUCAAUCUCACACAGGACAGCAUUGUGAAACAGUAAUAAAUGACAACUUCGACCUACUGUUCCAAGACAAGUCAGAUACUAGUUCUGUUGAACUGAAAGACAGAAAGAACGUGCCAAACAUGGAAAGCUUUACAAUCGCUCUCUGGGUAAGACCAGACGUUCGUUACAAGAAUGGGACUAUGAUUACAUACAUGGUACCUGAAAGCCAAGGAGAAGUGGUAGAGAUUUCAUUUACAGCAAAGGCCAUUCAAGUUCGUGUCAAGCUUGACAUCAUCCAUCAUGGAAAUGUAAUUAUUGAUGGAAAAUGGCAUUUAAUUGGUGUGUCUUGGAGCAGAUCACAAAACACUUUCAGUCUUUAUGUUGAUGGGCAAAACGCCAGAACAGUUUUUCUUCCAUCAGGGCCUCCUCUUAAGGGUGGAGGAUGGAUCAUACUGGGACAAAAAUACUCUUGGAGCAAAAAGCAGUACGUGGCCUCGGAAUCUUUCGUGGGUAUCCUACAUCAAGUCAACAUUUGGAAGAACGCAGCAAAUCAGGAGUACAUGUGGAAUGCUGCGCACAAGUGUUCGUGGCCUAUAGGAGGAGAUGUGAAUUCUUGGAUCGGAUUUAUGUUUGGAACCCGAGGCAACGUAAUGAAAAAGUUUCCCUCUUCCUGCAAAGCACUCGAGCUUUGUAUGCAAAACUGUACCCACUACGUCGAUUGCAAUAAGAUUAGAGACAGUAUGGUCUGCAAUUGCCAAAAAGGAUUUACUGGUCAGUUGUGCGAUGUGAACAUCGAUGACUGUGCGUCAAAUCCAUGCGUGAAUGGAAAAUGUGUGGAUGACAUCGCGACCUAUCAAUGUGAAUGUCAGAAAGGCUUUUAUGGCGAUCGCUGUGAAAAGAAGCUGGAAUCUACUGCUAAAGAAUGCCCAGCUCUACCCAAAAUAGAAAAUGGAAAAAUUGCCCAACGGACGUAUGGAGGGAAGCACAUAGCAACCCUUACGUGCAACGAUAACUACGGCUUCAAACCGGAAGAUGUCACAAAGUACUCAUGCGGACCUGAAACAGACUGGAAAUGGAACAGGCAGGAGAAGAUUACACUGCCACGAUGCCUAGGUACGUCAGAGCCCAUUGCAAUACGUCACAAGUAUGAGAUGUUAAUACCUUUAAACCCAUCCAGAUGCCGAACAACACAACAGUAUCAACGCCUCAGGUCCAGCUUCAAGCAGGCUUUUAUGAUCUCCAUAUCCUCCCUAGACCAACACAAGUGCUUUGCUUUGGGCAACUGUAAAAUAGAAAACAUCAAUGCACCACGCUGUGGCAACGAGUCUCAAAGGCAAGCAAGGGCUAUCGUAGAGAACUUGGAAAUACAUUUCGAAUUAGCAUUUUCAGAAUGGGGAAAUUCUUCUCAACAUUCGACAGUCACUGAAAAUGCUGAAGCAGUUGCCUUCCAACUAAGCUACGCCAUUUCUGUUGGCAACUUCACAAUGAUCAUCGAUGGCACGCCAGUUAAGCCUCGUGGUUCUUCUUUGAAGUUGGUAUCAAAUAGUCAUCAAUGCAAGGAUGGUUAUGUCAACAGCUAUGACAACGCGUCUUGUGUUGCCUGUCCUGCUGGGACACAUCUUCACUCCAACUUCAGAGACUGCGUCCCAUGUCCAAUCGGUCAGUAUCAAGAUAUGGAAGGGAAAAUGACGUGUAAAAAAUGUCCUGAUGGAUACUCGACGAAAAUUGGAGGAGCAGCAAGAAAAGAUCAAUGCUACGAUGAAGGAACGGGAACACCCUUAUGGAAGUACAUCGUACCGGUAGCAGUAUUGACGCUGUUAUUAAUAGUAAUAGCUGUGUUACUCAUAAGUCGAAGGAAUAAAGGGAAGAACAACACCAAAAUAGACCAUCAAUACUCAACAUUAUACCGUCGUGCUGCCCACAAUCAAGAAAAUAAAGGAUAUGACGAAAGUGGAGAACAACAGUACAAUACAUUAAAGCGUUGGCUUCCCCAAGUUCCACCAGUGAGAUUCAGCCAAGAAAGCCAAAGAUAUGAUGAGACUGGACCUCCAGUUAGUCAACAUUUCUCAACAUUUUUGAGUACUCCCGGCAGCCAAGGAAAUCAAGGUUAUGAUAAAAGUGGAGAUGCUACUGGCAUAACAAAUGGGGAACGAAUUUAUGAAGAAAUAGAUGGCAAUAAACAAGGCACGUAUGACCAAAUGGACCAGGCGCCACAACGGCCUUUAAAAAAGCCACAAUACGAAAACGCGGGAACGGAAAAGGCUUUUAACUCACCACGAUAUGAAAACAAACGACUGCCCCUUUCGACGUUUGGCGAGUCUAAGGUAUAAGAAACUGCGACGCGUAUACAUUUACGCUUUCGACUUAAGUUUACCUUAACUUCUAUAACUUUUUUUCUACAUAUGCUCAUGAAUAUCACAGAUUUCAUCUAGUGCUGAAAGUGUGACUAAAAUGUAAACUGAUAGUAUUAUCCUUGAAAAGCCAAAAACGUUUUUUGGUCAAACCUUUUUCUACACGUGUUUAUGAAUAUCACAGAUUUUGUCUAGUAAAUGCAAGCUGAAGUUGUGACAAAAAUACUAAAAUAGUAUUAUCCUUGAUCACAUAGUAAAAAACGCAUUUUUUGGUCAAUCAAAAACAUGCACAUGCAUUACACCCAGCUUGUAGAGGGCUUUUUCGCAGGGUACAUCUAUUGGAGUGAUUUACUUAUUUCCGCAAAAUAAACUAUUUUAGUCUAAACGGUAUUAAUAUAUAAUUCUACUGUUUUCUAUUUGAUUUUAUUUGACAAGAAUGAUUUUGUUAUCGUUGGAGCGCGACCCGCGAGGCUUGAUGUCUUGUUCGACGACUAGCAUUUCAACGACCGUCAAUUAAGGAACUGAAAUUUUAAAAAAAUCUUCAGAAAGACUUUUAGACUUAAGCCCCGUCCACACUAUUAAUUUGAAUCCGAAUUUUUAUUUAUUAGGUUCCAUUUCGAAAAUUCGUUUUCGGUGAAGAAUUGUUCCGGAUUCGCCCGGACUAGUGUGGACGGUAGGCCUAACCAAAUAAAUAAAAAAUCGGAUUCAAAUUUAUUCGGGACGGGGCCUUACUUUUAGAGAUUUCAAUCCUCUAAAUUCUUUAAUUCAAUCCAAAAUCUUACUCAAGAUAUUGUGCUUUUUUAUUUAAAUUCUUUGAUUGACAGUCAUUGAAAUGUCAGUCGGCUAAACGGGUCGCACUUUAACGAUAAUGGUAGUAUGACGUGAAACAAACUUUAAGAUAAAUUAUCAAUGUGUAAUAGAGUGAAAGCAUUUAACCCGUGAAAUAAAAAUUAUUAGUCAACAUGUAAUAGCCAAAUACACACAAAAGAAAACAAUGGUAUUAAACUCUACUAAUGAAGAAAUAGAAACGAUUUUUAACAGUUACUUUUUUUUUUUUUUUUGGCAUUUUUUUAAAAGAAUGUAUUAAAGCACUCUUUUCACGUAUCAGCAUAACAAUCUCUCGAGUAUUAUUUCUUUUUUGUAGGCAAAUAUUUGAACCAUUUACAUGGAUGAACUGAAAUAAAAAUAGAUCUUAUUCCAAAGGGAAUAUAUUUACUUCUUAUUAUUGAUAGUUCCCAAUCAAUUUGUUAAAAGAAAUUAUGAUAAUAAAAUUGGUACCCCAGCGUAUCACAGCCAUUAAAAUCACCACAAAUCCCUU